UUAAACUUUUCAUUUAAAUUUCUUCAAUAUGAAUAUCAUCAGUAGCAUAAAAUGGCUGCCAAAAAGCUACACCUACGAGGACUUUUUCCAAAGCUAUAUCCAUACAGUAGAAGCCUCUAGCGAGGUUGAUGGAGACAAUGAAAUGCUUAUUCAAGAUGAUGAAAUAACCAACGAGUUUGACCUCGAUAAUUAUGACGACGAAGAUAUGCCGGGUGAACAGUUCUUUACAUUAUCAAACAAAGAUGAAAAACUGAUUCUAGAGGAUCCAGAAGACAUAGAGUCGAGGAAACUAGAUGAGGAUGAUAGGGUUAUUAUUUGCGGAAAUAGCGGUGAAGAUUGUGCAUCCAUAGAUUUUCAUAUAUACAACACCGCAUAUUGUGGUCUUGAGGCUUGCCAUUCAGUUUUGGUUGGAUCAUUUCCUCUAACCUUAGAAAUUAUACCAAACCUACCAAAUCAUGGGCCGUUGGUAGCUUCGGGUACUUAUGAAUCGCAUAUUGAUAUUUGGGACGUGAGGUACAUUGAUUUGCUAGAACCAACUAUUACUCUUGGAAAUGAUGAAAAAUCGCAAGGAUUAGGCCAUAAAGAUGCGGUGCAAUGUUUGUCCAGUUCUCCUCACGUAGUACAAUUACUUGCUAGUGGUUCCGCCGAUAAUACAGUUAAAUUUUGGGAUCUUCAAGAAGGAGAGGUGCUGCACACAUUCGAUCAUCAUACUUCAAACGUUCAGGCAGUGCAAUUCUCUCCAUAUGAUCCUUCGCUUAUAUUAACGGCAUCUUUCGAUAGAACAGCAGCUCUUUGUGAUAUCAGAGAAUUUAAACAUGUUAGUAGAUUCGUGUUGGAAUCGGAGGUUGAAGCUGCUAUAUGGAGGAAUGAAAACACCCUGAUCAUAUCUACUGAAGAUGGAAUGGUUGCACAAUAUGAUAAAAGAGCAAAUGAACCUGUAUGGAGAAUUAAGGCUCACAAGAAGCCAUGUACUUCGAUUGAUAUUGUUGGUGAUGUAAUGGUAACAUGUGGGCUUGACUCCAAAGCAAAGGUAUACAACAUCGAUUCGACGAAACCAGUUAAAUUGGCGUCAAAAAAGUUACGUGCAGGUCCAUUGUUUAGUGUUUCUAGUUCACCUGAUGACCGAAAUCUUGUAGGUUUUGGUGGUGAUGUGGUCGUUAUAUGGGAUUUGGAAACGAUCAAUGAUGGUGAAUCAAAGGAAUAGAUGUGUAAUGAAGCGUUGAUAUUCUGGACAGCUUAAAAGGUUUGAUUACAAGCACUGUAGUGUUUUGUGGACGCAUAUAGCAGUAAUGAUCAUGAUAUCCUCUCACGAUGAUUUUCCGCUCCUAGGAAAGUGAUCGAUCGAUGUAUCAUGUGCACACAAAUGUCAAACAUUUACACAU